AUGGGUUGGUUCUGGGGAGAGAAGUCCAGUCAAAAUGAUCCCGCCAAAUCACUGGACGAUGAUUUGAAGCAAUUUCUAAAGGACCAACAACCUCGGCCGUAUGUCCCAGCAGAACUCCCCAAACCCGUGGAACAGCCUGCUUCGAAGCCUCCAGAACAGGCCCUGCCAGACACCAACAAAUCCUUUGAGGACAGGCCGUUGCCAAAGGAAUCGCUCUUUCAAGAUGGGCGGUACAAAGAUAUCUGGAAGACCUAUGUUCCUCAGAACGACAUCGCGGUAGCAUCCACAACACCGGUGGAGCGAGUCCUUGCAGCUCGGAAAGAUAGGAGACAGUCAAUCCACAAGGCUGCACUCGAGAACUGCGCAUUCGAAGAGGAACUACAACAGGAUUGCUUCAAGACUGGGCCCUUGUCCAAGAAAAUUAAAGGCAGGAUGACCAUGUGCCAUGAAGAGACCAAAGCGUUCAACCGAUGCUAUACCCUCCAGGCGAAAUUCUUACAGGCCCUUGGAUACAUGACCAGUUCGACGAAUACAAACGAGGACGAAGAGAAAAUCCAGAUGCACGCGGAUAAGUUGUACCACCGAAUGAUGGACUACGAAGCCGAGGUGGACGAAGCCAGACGCGAGAACCGACCGAUUCCACCACUCUCCUCGCUGUUCAAUCCCAAUCGACCAGCUCCUACCGUGGAGCAGAUAGCCUUGCCAAAAGCGAUGGAGGACAAGAUGAAGAAGCCUCUUCACGAAUAUCCUCCUCACGAGCGUGAAUUGGUUGCCCGGGCAGCCCUCCAAGAGGCCAAAUUGACUGAUCUCUAUGCCGAGGAUUUGUUCAACUAUACUGUCACAAUGAACGAAGAUCGAAAAAAGCGACAGGCAUGGUUGACCAAGACUUUUGGAGAAGCAAUUGGGAAAUUUUUGAUACCAGAUCCUCCCAAGGAACCAAGUGUCAAGCCGUAUAGCAUCCAACAACUGGAGCGUGAUAUAUGGCAGGAUGAAUCAUCAGCUCCGACCCAGAACCAAGCUGCAAAAUCCUCUGAACCGAGACAACUCGGCUGA